GUGAAAAUGCCAGAGCUCUCAUCAUCUCUCUUGAACCCUUCAAGAAAGUAACAUUUGUUUGCUCAAAGUUGCAUUUGUUUGAAAUUAAGAAUUGAAAUUGUGCUUUUAAAUUGAUAUUACAAAAUAUUUAUUUUUUUUUAAUCCUUUGAGGAGGUCUGGAUUCUUUUCUCUCUUUUGAACAUUUUGCGUACUUUCCAUUACACUUUUGGAUUAUUUGUUGCUCAGGAAACAAGCAGUUGUACAAAGCAAGAACAAUUUAAUUCAAUUUAAUUCUCUUUCUGACGAGAAGCAAGAAUAUAGACAAUGGCUCAUCAUCAGAUACAUCACCAUAGUCAACUCCAUCAUCAUCAUCAGCAUCGACACUCGUCUCAUCGUCACCAACAUCACCAUCGUGGUGCACACCUUCCAGAGGAAAAUGAGGAUAAAAGUGCUUCAGAUGCCAGCAGUGGUCGUCAUCACAGUCAUGAGCAUUAUAACCAUCAUCACCCCCAAACUGAUAGCCAUCAUCAUCAUUAUCCACAACAUCAGGAUAAACAUCACACACCGAAAAAGAAAACUCACUCUAAAGCUUCAGUCACUUCCUCAAACUCUUCUGGGUCUUCCUCUAGUUCUUUGUCAAAGUCUUCAUCAAGCUCAUCCAGUUCUGAUUCCUCUUCUUCUGAUUCCUCUUCCUCCUCCAAUUCCUCUUCAUCUUCUUCCUCCAAAUCAUAUUUCUCCAAUUCUAGCUUUUCUUCUUCCUCUUCCUCUGGUUCAUGUUCUUCGUGGUCUUCCGAAUCCAGUCUGGAAAAUGCCCCUUUGCCUACUGAGUCCAAGCGAGCUAUUCAACGUCCAAAGUACUCACAAUCAUGUAUGGAUAUCAGCAGAGGACGGAGAGCCUUUGAGGAUGAUGAGGAUGAUGUAGAUACAAUGCCUUUAUUGGAUGCUGCUGGCCAACUGAAGAAGUCCACAAGCAUGGAAAAGAACCUGACUGUCAAAGAAAAAAGUGCAGGGACUGCCAAGAAGACUGCAACAAAUUCUCAAGAAAAGGAUGAAAAGGGCAAUAAGGGGCAACAACAUAAUCGUGCUAAAGGGGCUGCAAACAUAAGAAAGACCAAGUCUAUGGAGGUUUUGUCAAGGCAAACAGAUCAUGCUGGUGUUGGAGACUUGGAUGAGAAAGGGCUGGAGAAAAGGAAACAAGAGGCUCAUAAGAACUUUGUGAAGGAGAAGAUGAAGUUUUCUGCCUUUCUGAAUGAAAUCACAAGGCAGGUACUUAGCCCAUCAAGACUUACAUCACUUGGGGUAACAGAUGUUAACAGGCCCUUGAGCCCUGGUCAAACUUCAACGUCUCCAAAGGCAUUGUCUCCGAAGCCAGAACAUAAAAAAGAAAAGAAGUCAAAAAUGACCAGAAGCUGGCCUGGAAGUAGUGCUAGUUCCAUAACAUCAACUGCUCACUCCCAUGUCAGCAAAUACUCGCACUCCAGUAAGCAUUCUCACUCAAGUAAGCGCUCCCAUUCCAAUCGGCACUCACAUUCAAGCAAGACCUCCUGCUCGAACAAACAUUCUUAUCCUGAAAGGGACCUCAUCUAUCAACAACAGCACCAGGCUGUUCCCAGGCAUCGACGUGACAGUGCAAAAAGUGAUAUAAGCUAUACUAGUUCUUCUUCAAAAGGUCUUUCAUCUGGGACUGAACAUGGCCACAAAAGUCAGAAAAAGCACCAAACUGCCCCCAAAGAACAUUUCAAUUCACUGAAUCAUCGAACUUCACACCACAAACCGUCUCCAUCACACCACCAUUACAACGAAGAUAAUCAUAGCUCACCUUCAUGUCCUUGUUCUCCAGAAACAGAAAACCGCCAUCAUCAUGUCCAUCCAGAAUCUCAUCACCAUCAUGCCCAUUCAGAAUCUCAUCACCAUCAUACCCAUCCAGAAUCACAUCACCAUCAUGCCCAUCCAGAUCCCCAACACCACCAUGCCCAUCCAGAAUCUCAUCACCAUUAUUCCCAUCCAGAAUCUCAUCACCAUCACGCCCAUCCAGAAUCACAUCACCAUCACGCCCAUCCAGAAUCUCAUCACCAUCAUUCCCAUUCAGAAUCUCAUCACCAUCAUGCCCAUCCAGAAUCUCAUCACCAUCAUGCUCAUCCAGAAUCUCAUCACCAUCAUGCCCAACCAGAAUCCCUUCACCAUCAUGUCCAUUCAGAAUCCCAUAACCAUCAUGCCCAACUAGAAUAUCAACACCAUCAUGUCCAUUCAGAAUCUCAUCACCAUCAUUCACCAUCACAUCACCAUCAUGAAACUAAUCGUAGCCCAUCACCACACCAUAACUCUCUUCAUUCAGAUUCCCACCAUCAUUCCCCUUCUCCAUCACAUUACCGUCAUGAAUCUUACCACAGUCCAAUACAUUCUUCUAAAUCAGAAACUCACCAUCAUCCAGAAGCUCACAGCUAUCCUUCUCAUGCAGAAUCACACCACCAUCAUCAUUCACCUUCGCCACCACAUCCCCACCAUGAAAGUCACCACACAUCACAUCAUCAUUCCACCCAUUCAGAAACUUCCCACCACCAUUCCCAUCCAAAAUCUCAUCACUAUUCACCUCCUUCUCUCCACCACCAUGGAGAACAGCAUAGUAGUAUGUCUCAUCUUUCUACUGACUCAGAAACACACCAUCAGUUUUGUGUGAAAUCUCAACACUGUCAUUCUGACUAUGAGUCCUCUCAUCCCAAGUCUCACCAGCAUCAUCACCAUCAUCAUUCCCAUCCUAAUCACUCAUCAAACCCUGAUCAUCACCAUCACACUUCAGAUUCAGAACCAGAGCACCAUAAUUUCCAUGAUGAUUCACACACUGAAACUCACCAAUAUUCUCAUUCACAUGAUGCAUCCUCUACACCUGAACACCAUUAUCAUUCUUCUCACAGUGACACUCACCAUAAUCCUCAUCAACAUCACUUGUCUGACAGUCAUCCAAAAAGUCCUGUACAAUCUAAUUCACCCCAUCAUUAUGAAAAUAAUCCCAAUUCAUGUUCAGAGUCCCAAAAUCACAGCACAUCACAUUCUAAAGGACACCUUUCCAAUUUGGAAUUCCACCACCAAAGUGAUCACAAUUCUCCAGAACCUCAUACUAACCAUUUCCACUCAGGAAGUCAUGAUAACCCCCCUGUUGAAUCAGAUCAUUACCGUCACCACAAGUCUCAAGAAUCCCACAAUUAUUCCCAUUCAAAUGCCCAUCACCAUUCCAAUCCAGAGACUAAUCAUCCUCAACAACAUGAGCAUUCAGAAUCUCAUCAUCAUUCCCAACCAGAAUCCCACCAUCAUCAUUCCCAAGAUCACUAUCAUCACUAUGACCAUCCAGAAUCGCAGAAUCAACAUUCCCAUAUGGGACAUCACCAAUUUCAUUCUGAAUCAAACCAUUAUCAUUCCCACUUCAAAGAGGAUGAUCACCCAAGCCAUCUUCGCCACUCACCAAUUGGCCAACGGUCUACUUCUCCACAUUCUAACAAGUCAGAUUCAACUGCUAGCUCCACUAUCCAGGACGAUCAAUCCACAGUGAGCUACCAAGAGUCAUCCUCAUUCCCAAAGGAAAAGGAUUCAGAAUUGGAGAGGUUAAUGAUGUUACAGGAGCAGAAUGAGGCUCUCCAACACAGCUUGCUGCAGACCACUAUGCGAAUGGAAUGUAUGGGAGCUGAGUUCAAAACCGGACACCAGCUCCUUGAAUCUGAGUUACAAAGAACUCGCGUAGAGCUUAGCAGCUUAAUGGAGUGGUUCACAAGACUUCAGGACAACUACUCCUGCACAAAACAAACCAAUCACCUUCUGGAGAAAAAACUGCAUUGUGUGGCUCAAAAUAUGGAUGGAGAGCGAGAGCGACUGAACGAGCGGAUCUCAGAGCUCACAGAACAACUGUCUGCAGCAAAGACAACCAUCCAAAGUCUAGAGACCAUUAAUGUGACAUCAAUGCUACAGGAUGCCCUGGUGAAACAUCUGAAGUCUGAUGAUCCCAUCACUCCACUUCCAGUUGCACCACCUCCAGCUCAGUUCAUGGACAGUAAUCAUUAUGACAAAAUCUCCAUGCAUGCCGAUGUCCAAUCGCUGGGAACCCUCCCAGAGGAGGAGGAAUCUGAUUGGUCAGAAAUGGGAGAGGAGGCACAAAACUGCAUCCCGAGAGGUUCACAGGGAAGUAAUGGAAAUGCGUCGUAUUUCCAAUGGCAACAGAGCCAAGGCAGUUGGGAGGGGGUGAACCAGUAUUCGAAGGGAAUCAUAGAUACAGAGAGCGAAUCUGGGGGCGAGGAAAGCAAAUGUUAUCAAGCUCAUCAUGGCCUACAGAUACCACAUCUCAAAUUCACCGUUCACCCUGAAACCCUACCUAUCGAGGAUACCAGCCUGGCUCGCUUCAAGCAGAGUCCUGAUGGUCCAGUAUUCGAUAGCUAUCAGAUCAUAGAGGUACGUAACCUGGGCUCUCCCAUUCGCGUGCUCUCUGCUAGCCUGGAAGAGAUCCAUUCCAUUGGGCUUCUGAAGCAGCAAGAGCAGCAGCAGGAUCAUCACGGCCAUCUGAGGAGUGAUAAAUCCAUGAUGGACCUCUACCAGUCACAAGCCGGCAUCAGAUAAGUGUUGUACGCAGAUGAGAUGGUAUGUAAUUGGAGAGAAGUGAACAGCCAUGGUGCUGGAGAGGAUAGAAAUGGGAUGGUUGGUCUGGAGUCUGCUCAAAAACUGCUCAAUCACUUUAGUGGGGAGAGUACACACUUGUGAUUAAAGGGACAUUUUAGAAUUAGGAAUGUUUACUAUAUAUUGAUAAUUAUAGUACUUAUGUAGAAAAUAUUAGUGGUGAAGUACAGGUUAGCCACUUCGGCAACUUACAUUUUAUCACUGGUGCAUGAAAAAAUUGGAAGAAAAUAGUGAGGAAAAAUCAUAAUGUGUUUAUUUUUAAUUAAAUGGCAAAAAGUGGGAUUUUAAGUUGAGAUUUUGUGAAGCUGUAACUUUCCACCUGCUAUUAAAUUUGACGUAAUUUAAAAAGCAUUAAUACUUUAAUUUUUAAUGUUUGAGUUAUGGAACAUUAAUUAAUUAGUCAUUGUAAUCUUUCACCAAAAUGUAACUUGCUCCACCUCUAAAACAACUGUCAGCUGGCAUCACUUGCUAAUAAUGCUAAGGCUAAUAAUAACCAAAUAGCUAUUUAGGCAUUGUUUUAGGCUACUGUAUAUAAAAUAGUAUAAAAUCUUACUAAUAGUUAAUGCAGCAAUUUAAUGCUGGUUGAUGUUUAUUAAGAAAAAAAGAGCUUUAAAAAAGAAGCAUUAACUAUAUAUGCCAAGAUAGUUUAACUUGGCUUUCAGUCUCGCUUCCCAGCAAAUAGAGGCUCCAAUAAAUAUGAGGAUCAGCUGUAUGCUCACAAUUUAGGACUGCUUGCGCUCUGUUUACGUUCUAAUUAAUUCCCAAUGGAUAAAAUCAAGCCCCCACCUUUUCCCCGGAAUAUGCAGUUUUUAGUAUAGGAAAAAUGUCUCAUUAGAGAAGUAAAAUUGACUGCAUAUGCUGUUUCAUUGAAGAUUGUUCUGUUUAGUUUAGAAUCACAAUGACCGAUAUUUCUAAGGUUCUCUUCCAGCAUCUGAUCCAUCUUGUUUUACCUGUCUUUUACCUGUGUUGUUGAAGUAUGUAGUUUUUUGGUUUGGUAUAUAAAGACAAAACACUGCAUCAAAUAAUGAACAAAAGCUAUAAAAAAACAAAACAAAACAAAAACAAAACUGCUUCUUAGAU